GUCACAGAGAAGUAGAGUGAUACAGUACAAUCGAAGUGUCGCAUAGUGGUACAAUCAUACAGUAAUACAGUCAAACAGCAGUGUAAAUAGAGUCAGAGAAAUUGUUAGCCGUAGUAUUACUUUACAUUUGAUUCCACGAGUUAGGAAAGAUUCAACAUGGAGUCGUGUAUGGCUGCAAGCUGCACGUCAGCAUUGUCCUCAACGCCAACCUCCAUUUUCUCUCAAUUGAUACACAUACUUUUGGUAUCCCAAUGUACGCUAAGCAACAGCGAAGACUACCCUAGGGAUCGUACACAAGAGAUUUUGACUUCGAACAAAGAAUUCGAUUUCAUCAUUGUGGGCGCUGGAACAGCGGGGUCCAUUUUGGCUCACAGAUUAACGGAAGUGGAGGAUUGGGACGUUCUGCUGAUCGAAGCAGGAGAGGAUCCUUUACCCGAAAGCGACAUCCCUGGACUUAUGUUACUGCUGUACGGUGAUUUUCAGGAUUAUGCAUAUAAGACUGAACGUCAAGAAGGAUUCUGCCAAGGAAUCAGGGACAAGCAGUGUAGAUGGUCGAAAGGAAAGUCUCUCGGUGGUAGUUCCGUGAUCAACGCUAUGUUGCACGUUUUUGGCAACGACAGGGACUACAACGAAUGGGCCAACCUUGGUAACGAGGGCUGGAGUUACGAAGAGGUGCUUCCCUACUUCAGAAAAUCCUUAAACUGUGCACCGGAGCACGUAGCCAAAUGGGGCGACAAGUUCUGUGGGACCGGUGGACCACUGAACAUCAGAGGCUACAAUUACACCAUGACGAACAUUCAAGAUGUCAUUCUAGAUGGCGUACGUGAGUUAGGAUUCAACGCCCUCGAGCCUCUGAUCGGUGACCGGUUCGUUGGGUACGGGAAAGCAAUGGGUACUCUAGACAAUGGUCGACGUGUCAAUGCAGCAAAAGCCUUUCUAUCUCCCAUCAGAGACAGGAAGAACCUAUACGUGAUGAAGUCCAGCAGAGUAGACAAGAUUCUAUUAAAAGAUGGCCGAGCAACUGGCGUACGAGUCACGCUGAAGAAUGGGGAAUCGGUGGACAUAAAAUCGACGAAAGAGGUGAUCCUCUCGGCAGGAAGCAUAGCUAGUCCUCAGAUAAUGAUGCUGUCAGGAAUCGGACCCAAGAAACACUUGGAAGAGAUGGGCAUACCGACUGUGGCUUAUCUACCUGUCGGGAAGAAUCUUCAGGAUCACGUAGUCUGGAUUGGGAUGCACAUCGCUUACGUGAACGAAUCAGUGACACCACCUCCUUCGACAUACAUACUGGACAUAACUUACGAAUAUCUGAUACACAAUACAGGCGAGUUAGCUACAGUCGGAAUCGAUCUUUUGGGUUUCAUCAACGUCUCCGAUCCCAGUUCCCAGUAUCCAGACAUCGAGAUCGACUUCGGCCACUUUCCACGCUGGAACCCGUUCAAGAUAGGAGCUUUACUGAAAGCCUUUGACGCUACCAACGACAUAAUAGCAGAGAUACAAAAAGAGAUAAUGCAGUCGGACUUGAUCAUUCCCUGCUCGAUUUUACUGCAACCUAAGAGUCGAGGAAGGCUGGAGUUGCGUAGCGCCAAUCCAGCUGAUCCCGUGAAGAUCCAUGCGAAUUAUUUCGCGGAAGAAGAGGACCUGAAGACUCUGAUGAAGUCGGUGGAUACUAUCAAGUCUCUAUUGAACACUGACGCGAUGAAGAAACAAGGCAUGUGGCUGCAGCACUUUGAUAUCCCUGGAUGUAGACACACGAAGCCCGAUUCCGAGGAAUAUUGGGAAUGCAACAUCAGACAUAUUGCCAGUACCUUGUUCCACGCAGUAGGGACGGCUAAAAUGGGACCAAAGAAGGAUCCAACGGCUGUGGUGGACCCUAGACUGAGGGUGCACGGUGUGCAGGGGUUACGAGUGAUCGAUGCGUCGAUCAUGCCGAAUAUCGUCAGUGGGAACACCAAUGCACCGACGAUGAUGAUCGCUGAGAAGGGAGCGGACAUGAUUAAAGAGGAUUGGAGGAUGAAGCUGCAUCAUGAGCUCUAGAAGCUGACGUUGAUGUACAUGACGAAGUACAGUGGUAAACAGAGAUGUCAAACGGUGAAAAAUGAAAAAUAAAUAGAUUAACUGUUGCCCAGUGUCAAGUCAAGGACUUGGAACUGAUCAACCAAUGAUGUCACGAUGAUCACUGACGGUGCCAAAAUUAGUAAAAACUUUUAAUCUAACCAAAUGGCAGGAUCUGUUAAAUCUUCGAUAUUUUUAUCGUGGUUUGAAUACAUAUUUAGCCCGAAUUUGGUAUAGUCAUAUUGCGGAAGCGUAUCUAUACUGCGUUCAACGAAACUUGACAGGAAAUAAAACAUUAGACCUGGGUUCGAGCUCAUCCAUGUUUAAGUUCAAAUAUUUCGUGGAAAAUUAUGACUUGUUUAGACGCAAGCGCUUCUAAAAGUCUACCGUGAGCAUCGACGUUUGACAGCUACUUACUCGUGUUUUGUUCAUAUUUCCUGCCAAUUAUCCUUGAACGAAGUAUAAUAUCGUAUAGUACACUACGGAAGUAUAGUACAUAGUAUAACAUCGUCAGGCGUGACUCGUUACUGUCUCGUACAGAUAGAAAUGAUAUUAUCUUCAACUAUGUUGACAGUUGUAUAAAGUGGGAAUAAAAAAUAAACAAUAGAUUCCUGGAAA